AUGGGGACGUACAGUCCAGCAACAUUUCCACGCCGACCAACGAAGAACAGCAACAUCUUCACCGAAGCAUACUACCAAUUGCAGCUGGCUUACUAUCGCUACGAAGUCAACACUGGACUAUACGUCAUGUCCACGGCAGAAAAGAUUGCUUUCAACCUCGUCCUGCUCUCUCUGGUAGCACUCUGCCUCGCGGCGAUUCAUUACUGUCUACCCCGAGCCGCCAUCGAGGUCCUCUCGCGAAUCGCCUACUAUGCCACUGGAAGCUACAAGAUGCCCACGCCUGUGACUAAACCCAUUCCUGAACUGGCACGACGGAUCAUACAAGGUGGCGGAGAGGCGGUUGCCAGUCUCGCCAAUGGGGGAACGGUCGUUUUGAAUGCGAGUCAGGCCCUCAUGCCAUGA